UUUGGUCGGUCUGUCGCUGAGUUAAGUUUGAUCAGCAAUAAAGUUAUGGAUGUAAUUUACAAUGCUCAUGGACAUAGAAUGACGGAAUGGAAUCAGCAAAUUUUGAGCCCUGAAAACCUCGAAAUCUAUGCAGACGCUAUACAUGCGAAAGGAGCAGCGUUGGCAAAUUGCUAUGGCUUCAUCGACGGCACUGUCAGACCUUUGUGCAGGCCAGGUCAACAUCAAAGAUAUGUGUACAACGGCCAUAAACGACUACAUUCAAUCAAGUUUCAAUCUGUUACUUUGCCAAAUGGUUUGAUUGCGAAUAUGUUUGGGCCAGUUGAGGGGAAAAGGCACGAUGCUGGGAUGCUUGCAGAUUCCAACCUUCUCGCAUCUUUGGAACAACGUGCAUACUCAACUGAUGGACGUGCAAUGUGCCUGUAUGGGGAUCCUGCGUACCCAUUACGAGCCCACCUACAAACCCCCUUCAGAGAGGCUGCUUUGACUCCACACAUGAUGGAAUUUAACAAGUCUAUGAGUACGGUUCGAGUGACGGUGGAAUGGGCUUUUGGCGAAGUCACAAGAUCUUUCAGGUGCCUUGACCUAAAAAGCAACCUGAAACUUGGUCUCAGCUGUGUAGAUCCUUUGAAAUGGCAGUAUCUAAAAAAUUAUGGACAUUUGGCCUCAUGA